GCAGGGUCUGCGCACUAGCGCCCAGUCUGCCCCGACGAGUGCAACACAAACAGUAUCCGAGUGUGCUUGACGUAUCCGCGAUCUAUGUCGAGGCUUCGGGCUCCCAAGUGCGAGCAGCAGCAGAGAGACGACUCUUCGCGACCCCCAAGCACAUCUCGCAACGGCGGUGUCACCCGCCUCCGGUGGUGGACGAACGGCGGCAUUCAACGGUGUGAUGACACGCGCACGGCGUCCCAGAGUUAGGUAAUGGUAACGACGAAUAUGGAGAUCACAGUUUCGGGGCUCGCGACGAUGGCCGAGGCGAACGCGACUGACGAUAGCCACGAGGCGGUGAUGCUGCGCAGGCCACGCACCAGCGAGGAUUUCUUUCUCUUCUGCACCUAUGUCCUGGAGUAUGAGAACUACCCAGCCAACACAGUUGAGGUUAAUGAUGGCAGAAAUACAACAAAUCCCAGUCCGCCGCUGGACAGUUCGGGUAGCUCGGUGAACUCAGAAACAACCAGCACUCACAGCACGUCCAGCCGCGACGAAAAUGAAAAAGUGAGCGGUGAGGAAGACUCUGAUGAGGAUGGCGAUGCCGCCGAUUCGUACAACAAUGUGUCGUGCUUCUGUGGUAAACCCUUUGCGGGCAGGCCGAUGAUUGAAUGCUCGAUUUGUUUCACCUGGAUACACUUGUCCUGUGCCAAGAUAAAGAAAUCAAAUAUACCAGACGUUUUUCAUUGUGCCAUGUGUAAAUCUAAUCGAAAGCGACGCUCGGAGUCGCCGACUCUCAACACCACGUCGACACCAUCGACGCUAGAUAAAAGCAAGCGCUCCAAGAAGGCGACGUAGGAGGCAGUGAGAGUGCGCGCCGACGGGGGAAGUGUAAAUAAUUUUAUACCGACACGCGCUAAACAAAACUUAUUCUUAAUUAGUUCAUUUUUUACAAUUAAGUUUGUGCGCCCUUUUUGCAAGCAAGCAAAACUGGGCAGGACAGUCUCGCGGUGUGUGGCGAAAUGAAAGCAAAGAAUCUAAAUGUGUAUAAUAUGUAAAUACUCUAAUUAAGUCAAUCAUCCAUUUUGUUUUACAUUUGCGUUUUCUUCGAGAUUUGUUAUUGAUUCUAUUGAGCAGUCGUUGAGAAUGAGAUUGGUGAUACAUACAUGUGAUAGCUAAUCGAAAACCAGAGCUCAUCAAAAACAAAAGAAUAACAAACAUUUUAUAAUCUACAUGCAAAGUAAAACUAUUUUAAACAUUUUGAGAUACAAAACGUAAAUCACCAAAAAUUUAAAGAUGACUAUAUUGUUAUUUCUGUAAAAUAAUGUUUUAACAAAAAAAAUGAGAAAAGUUAACGAAAAAUAUCUCAGUGCCUGGUAGACUAAGUAAUUAGAAUAUCAACGCCAUUAGCAAAAUGAAAACAAGUACGAAACCAAAAUGGAAGUUACAUUUACGUUUGUGAAGCAUUUCUUUGAGGUUAUGGCAUGCGAUUGUUGUGCGAAAUUAUUAAUUGUUAGACGUUCGACUUGAAUUUAAAAAAUGAUGAAACUUACCGAUGUGAGAAAAAUUUGAGUAAGAACAUUGUCCAAACACACAACAUAUACUGGUAUAUUGUUGAUUGGGCUAUAGCAAACAGAAAAACAAAAUGGAGUUUAUAAACAAACGAGUAAUGACAGAGUUUGAAAGAUUUAUGAGAGAGAGAGAGCGGAAACAAAUGUGAUUUUAAUAGAUAGAUAGGAGUCUACUAAGAAAUUGUAUGUAAUGAUUUAUCUAUUAAUACGAUUUGAGUAAAAA